AUGCCAUUUUCAUUAACAAAUGAGGCACGUUCAUUAAGUAACCUAUUUAAUUCCAAUGAACAACCAAAUUCAGAUAAUUUAAUAAUUGAAAGACAAAAUUUAUUAUGUGUAUUUAAACUAGUUAUAAAAGAUUUAUUAAAUUCAAGUUUUAAACAUGAACGUCUUCUAGAAAAAGAAUAUUUUCCAUUGAAACAUUUUUUUAUUGUUUUCGAACAUAUUCUUUUACAUGGUUAUAAUGGUAAAAAAACUUUUCCAAUAAGUACAUCAUCAAAUCGUAAAGAUCUAUGGCCAAUUAUUGAUUUUAUAUCACGUAAAUCAACUGAUAUUCAUAUAUCAGAAAUAUCAAUAUCAUCAAAAGAAAUGACAAAUAUUCGUACAUCAUUAGGUCGUGUACGUGCAUGGUUACGUCUUGCAUUAAUGCAAAAACGUUUAGCUGAUUAUUUUAAAAUACUUGUUGAACAUAAAGAUGAAUUAAAAGAUUUAUAUGAUAAUGAAGCAUUAUUAUUAUCUGAUGAAAGUAUUAUUAUACCUGGUUUACUUGUUGGUCUUAAUGUAUUAGAUUAUAAUUUUUGUUUAAGAGAAACACCACUUGAUUAUCCUAUUGAAUCAAUUAUACAUUAUAGUUUAUAUUUACGUGAAAGACGUAUAUCAUCAAUAUCAUUAAGUAAUGCACAUCCACCAGGUGCAAUAAAAGAUCCAAUUGAUGAAUUAGAUGAUUAUUCAGCAGCAGCAGCAGCCGCAGCAGCAACAUCACUUAUAACAAGAACAAAUCCACAAAAUAAUGAUACGAUUGUUACAACAAAUACAGAUAGUAUAGAAACAUUAGAUGAAAAUAGUCCAGAUAGUUCAUAUAAUCAACGUCUUUCAAGUAUACUUGAUCAAAAGAAUUAUAUUGAAGAACUUAAUCGAAAUUUACAGAAAACAGUAGGAAAUUUACAAAAAAAUUUACAAACACUUGAACAAACAAAUAAAAAUCUAGUAGAAAAUGUCGCUCAACAAAAAACUCGUAUUGAACAAUUAGAAGAAGAACUAACAAAAAUAACAUCAGAAAAAGAACAAAUACAAUCAUUUUAUCAACGAAAACUUGAGACUUUAAAUGCUGAUAUGGCAGUUGAACGAGAAACUUAUCAAAGAUCUCGAACUGGAUUUGAUUUAAUGUAUAAUGAAUUACAAAAGAAAUAUGACGAUGAAUGCAUAUCAAAACAAAAAAUUGAAAAUAUAUAUCAAAGUCAAUUAUCUCAAAAUAAUCAGUAUAUUGAAUCAACAAAAUCAAUGGAAAAAGAUAUUGAAACCAAAACAGUAUUAUAUAAUCGUAUGAAAGAAGAAAAUGAUCGUCUUACAGAACAAUUACAAACUGAAAAAACUCAAAAUGUUGAAAGCGAACAUCAAAUACAGAAUAAAGAAAAAGAAAACCAAAUGUUACGACAAACUAUCAAUGAAUUAGAAACAAAUAUCGAACAAAUCAAUAACGAAAUACAUAAACUUAGUAAUGAAAAUGAUAAAUUAAAUCAAACAGUGUCUAAAUUGAAUACUGAAAAAACAUCAUUAGAAACUGAUUUACGUAUUGAAAAAGAAUUUCAUCAACGUCUUCAAAAAGCAUUAGCAAAUGAAAAAGAAACAGUUUCUACACUUCAUUUUGAUAUUCAUGAAUUAAAUUCAAUAAAACAAGAAUAUGAUUCAUAUAAAAAAGAAAUGAUUAAAAAACAAAAUGAUUCAGAACAAAAAUUUCAUGAUCAAGAAGAAACUAUACGAGAAUUAGCCUUAAAAUUAGAAGGAUAUAUUCAACGUGAACACGAAUUUCGUGAAAAAGAUGUUUUACGAACAUCAACAUGGAUGAAAGAUGAAGAUGUUAAAGAAUGUUGUCAAUGUAAAAAAGAUUUUAAUACACUUCGACGAAAACAUCAUUGUCGAAAUUGUGGUCAAAUAUUUUGUGAAGCUUGUGUUUGUACAAAAUUAACAUUAACUGGUUCAAAUAAACCUGUACGUGUUUGUGACAUGUGUUGUAAACAUGUACUUGCUCAAUGUGCAGUGAAUAAUCCAUGA